AUGACCCUAGAUCGUUCACCUAUCCUGUACCCAAUGAUUGCCCUAGAUCGUUCACCUAUCCUGUACCCAAUGAUUGCCCUAGAUCGUUCACCUUUCCUGUACCGAAUGAUUGCCCUAGAUCGUUUACCUAUCCUGUACCCAAUGAUUGCCCUAGAUCGUUCACCUAUCCGGUACCCAAUGAUUGCCCUAGAUCGUUCACCUAUCCUGUACCCAAUGAUUGACCUAGAUCGUUCACCUAUCCUGUACCCAAUGAUUGCCCUAGAUCGUUCACCUAUCCUGUACCCAAUGAUUGCCCUAGAUCGUUCACCUAUCCUGUACCCAAUGAUUGCCCUAGAUCGUUCACCUAUCCUGUACCCAAUGAUUGCCCUAGAUCGUUCACCUAUCCUGUACCCAAUGAUUGCCCUAGAUCGUUCACCUAUCCUGUACCCAAUGAUUGCCCUAGAUCGUUCACCUAUCCGGUACCCAAUGAUUGCCCUAGAUCGUUCACCUAUACUGUACCCAAUGAUUGCCCUAGAUCGUUUACCUAUCCUGUACCCAAUGAUUGCCCUAGAUCGUUUACCUAUCCUGUACCCAAUGAUUGCCCUAGAUCGUUUACCUAUCCUGUACCCAAUGACUGCCCUAGAUCGUUCACCUAUCCGGUACCCAAUGACUGCCCUAGAUCGUUCACCUAUCCGGUACCCAAUGAUUGCCCUAGAUCGUUCACCUAUCCUGUACCCAAUGAUUGCCCUAGAUCGUUCACCUAUCCUGUACCCAAUGAUGGCCCUAGAUCGUUCACCUAUCCGGUACCCAAUGAUUGCCCUAGAUCGUUCACCUAUCCUGUACCCAAUGAUUGCCCUAGAUCGUUCACCUAUCCGGUACCCAAUGAUUGCCCUAGAUCGUUUACCUAUCCUGUACCCAAUGAUUGCCCUAGAUCGUUCACCUAUCCGGUACCCAAUGAUUGCCCUAGAUCGUUCACCUAUCCUGUACCCAAUGAUUGCCCUAGAUCGUUCACCUAUCCUGUACCCAAUGAUUGCCCUAGAUCGAUCACCUAUCCGGUACCCAAUGAUGGCCCUAGAUCGUUCACCUAUCCGGUACCCAAUGAUUGCCCUAGAUCGUUCACCUAUCCGGUACCCAAUGAUUGCCCUACAUCGUUCACCUAUCCUGUACCCAAUGAUUGCCCUAGAUCGUUCACCUAUCCUGUACCCAAUGAUUGCCCUAGAUCGUUCACCUAUCCUGUACCCAAUGAUUGCCCUAGAUCGUUCACCUAUCCUGUACCCAAUGAUUGCCCUAGAUCGUUUACCUAUCCUGUACCCAAUGAUUGCCCUAGAUCGUUUACCUAUCCUGUACCCAAUGAUUGCUUUCAAAUGGUCAUGGUGCAAGGGAAGCAAGGGCAUGCCAUAUUAUGACACAUAUCUCAUAGUGCAAGGGAAACCAGGGCAUGCUGUACCGAGGCAUUCAAUUCAUAGCGCAAGGGAAACUAGUGCAUGUCGUAUCAAGGCAUAUAUUCCAUUCUGGCAUCUCAAUUUAACCGAUAAUGAUAUAAGAGCAAUUAAACCCUUGUGUUUUAUGCGACCAAACAACAUAUUUGGCGACAUGUUGUCUUUGAGAGGUAUGAAUGCUCCACCAAGACUCGAAACGUACGGGCAUAUUUACUGA